AACUGCAUUAUAUUCUUGUCAUAAUCUAUUAUUCAUGUAUUUUGCAGUUCCAAGGGAGAGGAAAAUCAUUGACCUGUAUCUGAGUUCAUCAAUAGAAAAAUACCAGAUCUAGCAAGAUGGGCGUUAGAUCAAUGUCUUUCACUCUUUUAUUCGUUUUCCUUGGUCUUCUAAUGGUGCAUAUGAUUAAUGCAGAGAAUGUUCUGUUAGUGCCUACACCAUGCACGGAGAGCCACUGGUUUACGUUAUCGAACAUCGGACAAGCUUUAGUAGGCAGGGGCCAUGUCGUCACGGUUGUUGUACCAGAGGACAUAGCCGAAAACAGACGAUCGGAAAGGCCUGACUUCAAGUUUGAGACAUUUCGUGACCAAGGAACUCAUGCAUUACUGAAGGAAAUUGAUGCACGUCAUCAUUCGAACACUGAGUCAGAGAUUUCGGUCUACCAAUAUGCAAAGGCGUUCACCAGUACAUCUGAUGUGAUAACGAAACAUUGUGACCUGCUGUUGGGGGAUUUUGACCUGAUGAUUCGGCUGAAGGCAGCCAACUUCAGCAUUGUCGUUUUUGACUACUGCAUUCCAAUCGGCGCCAUACUCGCUGCACAUAUAGGUGCUCAAAUCCGAUAAUCGCCACCUUGCGGGCUGAUCACUAUUUCCUCGACAUCAAGUCUACCGGUGUUCUGCUGCCUUUGUCUUAUGUGCCAUUUUUUGGGUUUGAUUUUACCGACAACAUGAAUUUUGUGCAGCGAGUGCAAAACGUUGUCUGCUAUUCUCUUCUAUCUAUCCUGGGGCCUUGGCUUGCGACUAACACGUAUGACGGACUGGUUCGUAAAUACAUAAGUGAAGACGAAACUAUUCAGAGCGUCGUUUCUAAUACUGACCUGUGGCUGUAUCAAACCGACCAUGUUCUGGAUUUUCCCGCUCCCUCCAUGCCAAACAUGGUUCAGAUCGGCGGGUUUCAUAUCGGUGCAGUCUCUUCUCUCCCUAAAGAAUUAGAAGCCUUCGUCCAGAGUGCAGAAAACGAUGGAGUGAUUGUUGUCAGUCUGGGAUCAAUUAUCAAAACGAUGUGGCCGAAGAAGACACAAAUCUUCGCUGCAGCCUUUGCCCGACUCCGACAGAAGGUGGUGUGGCGGUACACGGGAGAGAAGCCGGCCGGUCUGGGUAACAACACCAAACUGAUGGCCUGGAUUCCUCAGAACGACCUACUAGGACAUCCCGGAACAAGAGCCUUCGUCACGCACGCUGGGGCCAGAGGUAUGUACGAGGCCUUACACCACGGCGUGCCCAUGGUCUGUCUGCCGCUGUUUUUCGAUCAACCCGGUAACUCAGCACGGGUGGUGGCCAGGGGACUGGGGGUGAAGUUGGACUUCAGCAAGGUCACUACAGACCAGUUAUACGAGGCCAUUACCCAUGUUCUCACCAACAACAGUUACCGUGAGACCGCAGCCCGCAUGUCCCGCCUGCACCGUGACCAGCCCCAGUCACCCAUGGAGCGGGCCGUCUGGUGGAUUGAACACGUCAUCAAACAUGGUCGACUUCCCCAUCUUCGCGCACGCGCUGUAGACCUGCCGUGGUACCAGUACUACCUGCUGGACGUAACUGUGUUCCUCGUUUCUGUCUGUACAGCUGUCCUUGGGACCGUGUGGUACAGCUGUUCGCUCAUCCGUAAAAAGAUAACAUGUAGAACUGGAGACAAGGUUAAGUCGCAGUAGACAAAUUUAACAAUCUUGAUGCUUGACUU